CGGAUUUUUGUGUCGAAAUUUCCCAAACUAUUCUAUGAAACGCUUUAGAACUGAAUGGUGCCUCAAAGAUUCCAAAAGGGACAAACCUACAAGCGAUAAACCAUGGUGCUAAAGCAAACGAUAUCAGUAUUAUACUGUUUAGUGUUAUUGCAUGUUCGUGGUCAGUUGAUCGAUAACCGAUGUUACCUCGAUGGUGGAGGUUCGGCUGUAAACUUUUUCGCCAACGAGGACAUAACGGUUGGAUCGACGGUCGGCAGUCUACGGGUGCUCGGCGAUCCGGGUAAAGACAUUGUACUUACGUUGCGCGAAAAGGAUUCACCCGUCUACAUUGCACCGGGUACCAAGGACCUGAUUGUGGCGAAACCAUUGGACAAGGAAGGGCUGAUCGGUCCGUCGGCAGUAUUUGUGAACGUUAUUUGUGAGAGGAAGUUUUCCGAUGAAACGGGUAUCAUUAUACCUGUAAACAUUCGCGUUACGGACGUCAAUGAUAAUGCACCCAUGUGGAUAGGAGCUCCUUAUAAGCUGAACCUUUCGGAAGUGACCGUUAUUGGGACGAGAAUUUUGCAAGGCAUAAGGGCCAUCGAUCUGGAUCAACCUGGCCCAUACUCAACGGUUGAGUAUCAAACACUGCCCGGACCAUUCUCCGAUUACGUGGCUUUCGUAACGCCACUCGAGGGAACGCUGGUGCUCAAGAAGUUCAUCGACUAUGAAUCGGUGCAGAAUUUUACGGUGAAAAUGCGUGCCCAAGACCAGGGCAAGCCACCGAAGUACUCCGACACGUACGUAACCAUUAUUGUGCUGGAUUCGGACGAUCAAAAUCCCAAGUUUAUGCGCGAUGUCUACUACGGUCAGCUGCCGACCGAGAAGGGUGAAAUCAAAAUCACGCCCGAAACCAUCCGGGCUGAAGAUCAGGAUCGUGGGAUCCGGGCGGACAUUCGUUACUCGAUCGUGUCAUCCAACGGUUCGGAGGAUGAAGCCAACUUCGAAAUUCAUCCAACUAGCGGGGUUAUCCGAUUGGUUCGCGCUAUUACGCCCUCACAGGGUCGUCACUCACGAACACUCGUCGUUAAAGCGACCCAGGUGGACAAUCCGGAUCGCUACGCUUUGACGACGGUUGUUCUAUCUUCGCCAAAACAACAGACCCCAGUUUCAUCUGCCUCGAACGUGGUCAGCGUGCAACCAUCGAUCGGUGGAGCUGAGUUCGUACGCGGUACGUUCUAUGCAACGGUGCGAGAAGACUCGAGACCAGGGACGCUGAUUUCGCAGCUGACCGGAGCCCAGGGAAGCCCUAAUGUAGGUCAAUUUCGUUAUGCUAUCGCCGGAUCGACCGUUGCCCAGGAACAGUUUCGCAUUGGACCGGCCGGAGAGAUCAUUCUUGUGAAACCACUUACAUUCCGACGAACACCACAGUACGCUUUCACAAUCGACGCGUUCGAUGAUCGCAGCGGAGGACGUAACUUCAGCACGAGCGUCGUCAUAGAUGUGCUUCCGGCGAACGUAUGGGAACCACGAUUCAGGAAACCGUUCUACUCCUUCGUCAUUGAUAGUCCACUGCAGACGCAGCAUUUGCCGGUGUUAGUGGGAAGAAUUGAGGCGGCCGACGGCGAUCGUACCGAUGAGCUGACUUUUGCACUGAAAGGCAAUUACAGCAAUCUCUUCCGCGCUGAUCCGUACGGUAACCUGUGGUUGGUUUCGAACCGUACUGAUCUGCCCGUCGCUAUGCGUUUGCUUGCUACCGUUACCGAUUCCGGUACCCCACCCAAAUCGGCCACCGUCCCGGUAGUGGUCAAGCUACGGCCAGAGACGGCCUCGCUUACAUCGAACCUACUCGUGAUCAAUAUUGUGGUAGCUUGCAUUCUUGGGACACUGCUUUUGGGAGGAUGCAUCCGUUGCAUCUACAGGCGCCGGAAGCGAAAAGUGUCUUCCGCCGAGCAAAUUGUGGCGCACGGCAGCAACAGCAGCAGUGGAGGAGGGGUGCCACCAUUGAAACAUGGCCACAGCUCAAACAGAUUCCUGCUGCAACGCGCAGAGCAACGGAUGCUGGAGAGACCGUCGAUGGCCGGUAUCGGUCGCUUGAAUGAUUGUGCCGCUUCAUCGACUUAUGGAAGCGAUAAUCAAGAUUUCAUUGACGGUGAGCGAGAAAACCAAAGACGUUCGCAAGGACACAAUGCGCGGGCACUGGAACAGGAAGAGCUCGCGGGACAAAAUCUAAAUCAUUUGCUGUUACACUGGCAGGAGAAAUAUGACGAAAAGAACAACUGCACAGAGGAUGUGUCGAUCGAUGAUAAGCUAAUCGUUUACUUUUGAACCACCGAGAAGGGAGAAGCACGCAGCGCAGCUAACUCACUCAUUCCUUACCUAGACUGAAAGCUAUGAGAUCUCUCCGUGGACCUGUAAAGAAU